AUGUCAACGACUCUAAGGUUUGAAUUGAACACUGGUAACAACAUGAAAGAGGCUUUUCUCAAACAACAAGAGAGAAUUCAGAAAGAUGAAAUGAUGGCAGCGAGAGAAAAUAUUGUGAGACUAGAAAAAAAUACAAAUUUACGGGCAGAGUGGAAUGAAAAUUUGGAAAAAGUAUCAUGGAACAAAAGAAUACAAGAUGAAAAUAAAAGAAUCCAGGAUGAAGUCAGACUUGCUGCCAAAGCAGCCAUUGCAGUGCGACGGAAAGCCCUGCAGCAGCUGAUUCAGAGAGAGAUGGACAUGUAUGAACAGGAACUCAGUCUGCAGGGCAAAACUUUCUUCAAACAAAGGAUAUGAACCUCUCUGCUUUUUCUGGAUGUUGGAAGUGAGAUUUUGUGUAUAAAUGUAAAAAAAUGUGAACCUUUGAGUGAAUGAUAAUUAAAAAUUGUAUGGAACUUAUUGAAAUUAUCCAGCAUUAGACAUCUUUCUCAAUUUACUCUGUUUUAGAUAUUUUUACUUUAAAUUGUACUUGUGUUCACACAGACUUUGUGAUACUGCUGCUGGUAAAAGUGCUCUACCUGAGUUAUAUAUAUAUAUACAUACAUUAUAAUAUGUGCCUUAUAAAUAAACUUUGAUAUGUUAUUAGUUUGAUAAAAUCAACCUGUGGCAUAAAAUUCAAAGCAAAAAUGUUCUGCAUAUAUAAUAACAACUAACAACUGAAAUAAUUUUACAGAUGUUUAAACUGACUGUAUUAAGUAUAAUGAAAGUCUGUUAUCAGUUUAAUCUUUACUGUGUAAUCUAUGUUCUAUUAAAUAUCAUCUUUUGUUACAAGUAUCUAGCAAUCAUAUGAUACAAAUAGUGAAAAAUUAAAAUGAAAGUUUUAAAAUGUCGAGUUAAUGGAUAACUGGUAUUAAAGAAUUAUUCAUUGUAUAAAAUAUAUUG